CGCCACGUAUGAGCAUGUAUUGGAUGUGGUGCUGUGAUGGCAGCCCGUGAAGGCCACGCACACACAUCUCCGGCACUCUGACUCUGCCAUCUACAAUCUCUUUUUUUUGUCUACGACCGCUGGUAUCAUCAAUCGGCAAACGACAAACAAACGUUUACAAUCCGCGGUAGCGGGACUGAAACGCGCUUCAUGUAGCGAUGCUGCUAGUGCGCUACCGCGAGCAAAAGGUCGACAACCUUCAUCUAAAAAGAUAUCUGCGUGACUUGGCCAAACCAAUCGACGUCAUCGCAUAAAAAUGCCCACGUCCCGGUGGAACCUAGUUUUAAUUUAUUGAAAGAUUUGAGUUAAAAAUUAAAGUCGCCUACGGCGUAGUUUCAUAGUCAUUGUGCACAACAUGCCGGUAAAGUGGACACGCAAGCUGGCAAACAAUAUCGGUGUUUACGUGCAACAUGCUAGACUGACUCUAAAAACAAGUGAAUAACCGCAACCCAACAAGCACAUCUCCUCUGACUGAAAACGGAUGUUACACGUUUACACAUCACCUACGCGACUGAAAGCAUUCCGCUUAGCAUUUGGGUCAAAUCGCAUAAAUUAGAGGAAGUAUACUGUUAGUGAGUCAUUAAAAUCAUGAGCGAGAAUGAUAAUCGCGUUUCUUCGGAGUUGUACGAAGAAUUUGACUAUUCGACGGCCAUCACCCCGUCGUUAAAUGACGAAAAUGUGGUGUCGAGAUUUGCGUUUGACUUUCCCCACUCGCCGACGGCGCCGGUGACUGAUGCCGACGGUGAUUUGGUUGUAACUCGAAGAAAUUCGCAAAAAUGCGAGAUUAAAAUUGAACAUAGUAAGCGCACAGAACUGAAUCUGGUCGGUUUGCAAAUAUGGCGUGGCGCACUGCUGUUGGCCGAUUGGCUCAUUCACAAUCGGCAAAGUUUUACGCGCGACACGCUCAUUAUGGAGCUGGGAUCGGGCGUCGGAUUGACGAGCAUCGUCGCCGGCAUGUUUGCCCCAGUCGUCUGUACAGAUAUUGAUGUUGGUGGUUUGUUAAACUUAAUCAAAUCCAAUGUCAAAAUCAACGAAUCUUAUCUUCGGUAUCCAGUAACAGUGUUAGAACUGGACUUUACUAAAGAUCUAUCACCAGAAAUAAUGGAACUUCUUCCAAAAGCACAAAUAAUUUUGGCUGCAGACGUUGUGUAUGAUAACGAUUUGACCGACGCGUUUAUCGCCACUGUCCAGAAACUGAUGAAUAUCCCACCGAAGCGUUCUAUUUACAUCGCGUUAGAAAAACGCUUUGUUUUCACAAUUGCCGAUUGUGACACUUGCGCACCUUGCUACGAAUACUUCAAGGAAUGCCUCCGGCAAGUGAAAAACGCAUCAAUCGAGGAAUUAACACUCGAUUUUCCACAAUAUUUCGUGUAUGAUCGCGUGAAAGAACUAGUUCUAUGGAAAGUCACCUCAAAGUGUUAAAGAUGCAGUAAUAUUUUGCAGACGUACGUGGUGUCAAUAGUUCGCGGAGAGAAUGAAUGACUUCCACCAAAUUUAAAUGAUUGCCAGUUGUUGGUGCUUGAUUGUUGGUGAGUUACUUUCUUGCAUUCUACUUUUUAAACCAUUCACUCAUCAUGCUCCGCCGCGUAAACGUCACGUCCGGCAUAUGUCCUCGCCGCAUCUCCUUGUUGCGGACUUGUUGCUCGAGCUCCUUCUUCAAUGGUUCCGAGGCUUCGCCCACUACUUUAUCUUCUUUGUUGAUAUACACUACCAUUACUUUAUUCGUGAACUCCACCGACCUAAUCGUCUUCUUGUACGGUUGAUAAGCAUACUCGUCAUAAGAUGCUUCUUCCACAGGUAUACUCUCGAGUUGUUGUCGUAGUGCUUCAUCGCCAGAUUUAAAAUCCUUUCGGUUCGUAUCCUUAUCUUUCGUCGGUGAUGUCGAUGAGCUUGGUUCGUUACACUUCUCAGGUUUUCUUCGCUGUUGUGACAAAUAAGAUAGAAAUUCAAAAUGGCUGCCAUUUUGUUUUAUUAACACGAUUUAUUAUAUUUUUACCUUGUUUUCUUUCUUAUUCUUUCUGCCUAACUUCUCCCAGGUGUCCCAUUGCAACACCUUCGAUACGGAGCUGGCUGGUGUGUUCUUCGCCUUGCCGAUAAGCGACUCCGAAUGCGGCGACUCGGUGGUUAUAUAACAUUUGUCCUUUGAUGUUGUGCAACUCGUCGACUUGGAGCAUAUAAUAUCCGAAGUCUGCAACGUCAUCAUAAGCAUUAUUAUAACCUAAAUCUACUUCCAUUUUGAAAUCAUCAGCCAAUCACCUGCGGAAUUGACUCCAAACUGUCUUUGACUCGGAUCCAGUCUCGUUUGGUAACGGUUUCUUCGGAACUGCUAGGGGUCAGUUGUAAGGUUUCCAUUGUCACUGCUAAAUCCACUUUCUAGACAUAAAAAAUAAUCGAAA